AAAGAGACAAAAAUCGAGCAUACGUGUUUUGUAUGCAUAUUGAUAUUCGACAAGUCACCCCUAAAUCCAAUUAAGAUAUAGUUUUGGUAUUUAAUGGAACCAUUCAUUAUAUGUGGUUCUAUUCCAUAAUAAAAUUCUUGUUUGAUAAAUUGCUUCAAACUUGUAUAUGAGUCUUGUACUUGUGGUGUUUAUUUCUCUACCUUACCCUCUUUCAUACUCACAAAUCUUUUUAUCUGGCAGGGAUCUUUCAUCCAACAAUAUAACUGGAAGAAUUCCAAGGAACUUGUUCUUGGUUCCAAGAAUCAACUUCAAUGGAGCACAUCUUGCUUGUAGCUCAAGCUUGGAACAACCUUGUGUUUCACCUACUACGUUGUCUGUUUCAAUCAAUAGGUCCAAAAUUAGAAUUGUUGUAACCUCUGUAAGUUGUGCUGCUAUCAUACUUCUGUCACUCGGUGUUCCUACUACGUUGUCUGGUGAAGACGACCUCAAAAUUUCCUUUGGCCAGCUACGGCGAUUCUCAUGGCGUGAAAUCCAACUCGCCACCGAUAAUUUCAACGAGGGAAACAUAAUUGGACAAGGAGGGUUCGGAAGAGUUUAUAAAGGUGUCCUCUCCGACAACACCAAGGUCGCCAUAAAACGCCUCGCGGAUUAUUAUAGUCCCGGCGGUGAAGCCGCAUUCCAGAGGGAAGUCCAGCUCAUAAGCGUUGCAGUUCACAAUAAUCUUCUACGGCUGAUCGGGUUCUGCACAACGUCGUCCGAAAGAAUUCUUGUUUAUCCUUUCAUGCAAAAUUUAAGUGUGGCGUAUCAACUCAGAGAUCUAAAACCUGGAGAUAGGGGCUUGGACUGGCCAAUGAGGAAACGUAUAGCUUUCGGAGCAGCGCAUGGUUUGGAGUACCUACACGAGCAUUGCAAUCCGAAGAUAAUACACCGUGAUUAA